UAUCACUUUGUGCCGCACAGGUUUGGGCAGAAAUCAAAUAUCAAAAUCCUCGCCGGGCCCAUUUACAAGUUGGAGAGGCAUCAUUUUAGGUAUUUUCAUGAACUACACUUCAAUCAGCAAGUGAUUUCCAUGGCGAAGAAGUGUUCUCAUAAAUCCCUAGAAAACCCCUUCUUCAUAUUUUUCUUCGUAGUGAUCUGUUUCUUGACAUUCACAUCCACCCAAGCAAAGAAAUCCCCUCGUCCAAUAACUGAAAGUGAGGUCAAAGAGAAGAAGAACAUAUGUUAUGCAGAUAUCGAAAGUGGAUUGUGGGGUUGGAAGUGUAAGUCAUCAAUGAUAGAGAAAGAAAAUUGUGCAUUGAAAUGUCUGUCUCCUCAAUGUUACGAGCUUGUCUACGAAAGCGAUCCGCUGGAAGAAGGAGAGAAGGAUUAUGCUAGAAGUCAAGAGUACAAGUUUUGCAUGCACAGGAUAUCAAUGGGAGAAAGCCUUGAAGGUAUCAGAGGCUCCUUUGAUGUAUAGGAAUAUCCAAGCUACAUACAAUUACUCUUUCACAACCUUUCUGCUGAAAAUUUUAUGCACGUGUGUAAGUUUGUCACAAUGUAAUGAUACUUUCGUCAUUCAAAUGCUUUUUACAGGUUGAGAGGUCUAGACUCAUGGUUUUGUAUUGUAAAUGUCAUUCUCGAUUCUUGUGUACGGAGGAAUCCUUUAGGAUUCUUAUGAACUGUCAUGAAUCACUUGAUCAAUUGUUCCUAAAGGCAAUCCAUUUCGAAGUAUUGUAUCA